CGCCCCGCGCGAGCCCCGUCCGCCCCGCGCCGCCGAGUCCCGCGCCCCGUGCACGCCCGCCGCUGCGUCCCGACCGAGUGCCGAGCCCGGCGCGAUGCGACGCUCCGAGGCGGGCCGCGCCGCGCUCCUGGCGCUGCUGGCCGCGCACUUCCAGGCGAGUCCGGCGCUGGAGGAGAAGAAAGUUUGCCAAGGGACAAGCAACAAGCUCACCCAGUUGGGCACUUUUGAAGACCACUUUCUGAGCCUCCAGAGGAUGUUCAAUAACUGCGAGGUGGUCCUUGGGAAUUUGGAAAUUACCUACAUGCAAAGUAGUUACGACCUUUCUUUCCUAAAGACCAUCCAGGAGGUUGCUGGCUAUGUACUUAUUGCCCUCAACACAGUGGAGAAGAUUCCUUUGGAAAAGCUGCAGAUCAUCAGAGGAAAUGUGCUCUAUGAAAACACCCAUGCCUUAGCGGUCUUAUCCAACUACGGUGCAAAUAAAACGGGACUGAGGGAGUUGCCCAUGAGAAACUUACAGGAGAUCCUUCAAGGCGCCGUGCGAUUCAGCAACAACCCUGUCCUCUGCAACAUGGAGACGGUCCAGUGGAGGGACAUUGUCAACACCGAUUUUCUAAGCAAUAUGUCGAUUGAAUUUCACAACCAGCUGAGCAGGUGCCCAAAGUGUGAUCCAGUCUGUCUUAACGGAAGCUGCUGGGGUGCGGGGAAAGAGAACUGCCAGAAACUGACCAAAGUCAUCUGUGCCCAGCAGUGUUCCGGGCGCUGCCGCGGCGGGUCCCCCAGCGACUGCUGCCACAGCCAGUGCGCCGCCGGCUGCACGGGGCCGCGGGAGAGCGACUGCCUGGUCUGCCGCAGGUUCCGGGACGGAGCCACGUGCAAGGACACAUGCCCGCCACUCAUGCUGUACGACCCCACCACCUACGAGAUGAAAGUCAACCCGCAGGGGAAGUACAGCUUCGGCGCCACCUGCGUCAGGAAGUGUCCCCGUAACUACGUGGUGACGGACCACGGCUCGUGCGUCCGCGCCUGCAGCUCUGACAGCCAGGAGGUGGAGGAGGACGGCGUCCGCAAGUGUAAAAAGUGCGACGGACCUUGUGGCAAAGUUUGUAACGGAAUAGGAAUUGGUGAGUUUAAAGAUACACUUUCCAUAAAUGCUACAAAUAUUAAACACUUCAGAAAUUGCACCUCGAUCAGUGGAGACCUUCAUAUCCUGCCAGUAGCAUUUAGGGGUGAUUCCUUCACACGUACUCCACCUCUGGACCCAAAGGAACUGGACAUUCUAAAAACUGUAAAGGAAAUAACAGGCUUUUUGCUGAUUCAGGCCUGGCCUGCGAACAGGACCGGCCUCCAUGCUUUUGAGAGCCUGGAAAUCAUACGUGGCAGGACGAAGCAACAUGGUCAGUUUUCUCUUGCGGUUGUUGGCCUGGAUAUAACGUCCUUGGGAUUACGCUCCCUCAAGGAGAUAAGUGAUGGAGAUGUGAUCAUUUCAGGAAACCGAAAGUUGUGCUACGCAGAUACAAUAAACUGGAAAAAACUCUUUGGGACCUCAAAUCAGAAAACCAAAAUUAUAAACAACAGGAGUGAGAAAGAGUGCAAGGCCACGGGCCACGUCUGUGACCCUCUGUGCUCGUCAGAGGGCUGCUGGGGUCCGAAACCCAAAGACUGCGUGUCCUGCCGGAACUUCAGCCGCGGCAAGGAGUGUGUGGAGAAGUGCAACGUUCUAAACGGAGAGCCCAGGGAGUUCGUUGAGAACGCCGAGUGCGUGCAGUGCCAUCCGGAAUGCCUGCCCCAAGCCAUGAACGUGACCUGCACGGGACACGGACCAGGCAGCUGUGUAAAGUGUGCCCACAACAUCGACGGCCCUCACUGCGUCAAGACCUGCCCUGCUGGAGUCACAGGAGAAAACAGCACCCUGAUCUGGAAGUAUGCGGAUGCCAAUCACGUGUGUCACCUGUGCCACCCCAGCUGCACCUACGGCUGUGCUGGGCCAGGUCUGGAAGGCUGUGCAGUGAAUGGGCCCAGGAUUCCGUCCAUCGCCACCGGGAUCGUGGGCGCCCUGCUGCUGGCUGUGGUGCUGGCCCUGGGCGUCGGCCUCUUUCUGCGCAGGCGCCGCAUCGUCCGCAAGCGCACGCUGCGCCGGCUGCUGCAGGAGCGCGAGCUUGUCGAGCCUCUGACGCCCAGCGGAGAAGCUCCCAACCAAGCUCUCUUGAGGAUCUUAAAGGAGACGGAAUUAAAAAAGGUCAAGGUGCUGGGCUCUGGAGCCUUCGGCACGGUGUACAAGGGACUCUGGAUCCCAGAAGGCGAGAAGGUUAAAAUUCCUGUGGCUAUCAAGGAAUUAAGAGAAGCCACAUCUCCAAAAGCCAACAAGGAAAUUCUCGAUGAAGCCUACGUGAUGGCCAGCGUGGACAAUCCUCACGUCUGCCGCCUCCUGGGCGUCUGCCUGACGUCCACGGUGCAGCUCAUCACCCAGCUCAUGCCCUUCGGCUGCCUGCUGGACUAUGUCCGUGAGCACAGAGACAGCAUCGGCUCCCAGCACCUGCUCAACUGGUGCGUGCAGAUCGCAAAGGGCAUGAACUACCUCGAAGACCGGCGCUUGGUGCACCGAGACCUGGCGGCCAGGAACGUGCUGGUGAAGACGCCGCAGCACGUCACGAUCACAGACUUCGGGCUGGCCAAACUGCUGGGCGCCGAGGAGAAGGAGUACCACGCGGAAGGGGGCAAAGUGCCCAUCAAGUGGAUGGCUUUGGAGUCCAUUUUACACCGAAUUUAUACCCACCAGAGUGAUGUCUGGAGCUACGGAGUCACCGUUUGGGAGUUGAUGACCUUUGGGUCCAAGCCUUACGACGGGAUCCCCGCGAGUGAGAUCUCAGCCGUCCUGGAGAAGGGAGAACGCCUGCCUCAGCCGCCCAUCUGCACCAUCGACGUCUACAUGAUCAUGGUCAAGUGCUGGAUGAUUGAUGCAGAGAGUCGCCCAAAGUUCCGGGAGUUGAUCAUUGAAUUCUCCAAGAUGGCCCGAGACCCCCAGCGCUACCUUGUCAUCCAGGGGGACGAGAGGAUGCAUCUGCCCAGCCCCACAGACUCCAACUUCUACCGCGCCCUGAUGGAGGAGGAGGACAUGGAGGACGUCGUGGACGCCGACGAGUACCUCAUCCCGCAGCAGGGCUUCUUCCACAGCCCCGCCACCUCCCGGACGCCCCUCCUCACUUCCCUGAGCGCCUCCAGCAACACUCCCACGGUGGCUUGCGUCGACGGAAACGGGCAGAGCUAUCCCCUCAAGGAAGAUAGCUUCUUGCAGCGCUACAGCUCAGACCCCACUGGCACCUUGACCGAGGACAGCAUAGAUGACGCCUUCCUUCCGGCGCCCGAAUACGUAAACCAGUCUGUUCCCAAAAGGCCCGCGGGCUCUGUCCAGAACCCCGUCUAUCACAAUCAGCCUCUAAACCCGGCCCCAGGCAGAGACCCUCACUACCAGAAUUCCCACGGCGACGCCAUCGACAACCCCGCGUACCUCGGCACCGCCCACCCCGCCUGCACCAACGGUGUGCUGGACGGCGCUGCCCUCUGCGAGCGGGAGGGCGGCCACCGCGUUAACCUGGACAACCCCGCCUACCAGCAGGCCUUCCUUCCCAAGGCAGCCAAGGCAAACGGCAUCUUCAAGGGCGCUGCCGCCGAAAAUGCAGAGUACCUGAGGGCAGCGCCAGCAGGCAGUGACCUUACCGGGGCCUGACCCCGGAGGACGGCCUCAGCCCGGAGAACUCCAGCCCCUUCGGCCCCCAGGACCCAGCCAGGGCAGCUACUCAAUCCUGUCAGCCAUACUCACGGUAACUCUUGGACCCACGGACUGGUUUGGCCACGUUUGCCGUGAUCAGCCCGUCUCUCAGCCCGCAAGUGCCCCCGACUCGGAUGCACUUCGGGGAGUUGCAGGGACAUCCUUUGUCUCCAAACCAUGAGGCUCCCACAAAAGGCAUCCAGAAAGAAUGUCGGCCAUUUGGGCAGAGGUUCGCCUUUCAAUGAGGUAUAUUUGAAAAACACUAAAUAUGUUUAAGGAGUUUUAUUGCUUGGGGACCUCUGGGGUUUUAAUUGUCAUUGAUUUUGCUCUUCAUGGGCUUUUCCAAUGAGGGAAAAUCUUGCUCGUAGCACCUGUGGCACUGAGUUGACCCAGGCCCACCUGUGACCAAGAAGCAAGGGUCAGUCUUCCAGCUAACACUUGAUUCCAUUGGCUCUGCUUGGAGGCUCUUCCACUGCAAGACAGUUGAAUAACGAACCAGUCCUCUGGAUCCUAAAGCAGGCCCGAUUGGUACUAUAUCAGGUCACGGCAGGUGCAAGAGGGUAAGCCACUUGGAACUCUUCCUGGGCAAGGAAGAAACAGAGGGGGUAGAAUUCUUCCUCGGACUUAUAAAUGUCUCCAUGGUACUUAACUCUCCAUUGGUUGGGCAGUGUUUUCUAAUUACUAGAUUUGUUUCUUUUCCAUUCCACUGUUUUGAAAUUCAGUACGCAUUCCCUGUCAGCAGCAGGAGACGGUAACCAGGAUCGGCUCACAUUUGAUUCACCAGCAUUCAGACCAGUUGCCUUUCAUUGAGAUGGAAUGACAGUGGUGCAAAAAGUAACAAAUCCCCCAAAUCUGAGUCUCAGAGGCGAUACGUCAAGUCCUCUGGGGGUCGGGGGACAGGCGUGUAUCGGGAGACUGCGAAAACGAGGCUGCUCUUAAAACUUUUAGCUCCUCCCAACAACAACAAAUCGGUUUAAGCUAGUCACGGAAGAUAGUUUUCUUUUUAUUUCACUUCAAGGGUUUUUUACUCCAAGGGUACCUUGCCCCUCACCGGUAAGCUGCCCCCAAAGCUCCUCCUUGCCCUUGGUGAGCUGAAGGGUCCAGGCUCUGGGGCAGCUCUGCAGAAAUGUCUCGCCCUCACCACCGCUGGCACGUUGUAGCAAAGAGACAGCAGUCUGUGUCGUGUGGAAUUCAAGUGGUAAAUAGGAAAUUUGACUUUGAUGGUACUGCCUUCGUAACGUCUAUAGGCGUGUGAGAAGAAGAAAACCAUUUCCCCUUAAAAUAACUCCCUGUGGCUGGAGGACCCGCUGCUCAGGACACCAGCAUUUUCCCACCUGUGUCCCCACACCCUGACGGUUAACAC